GGAGGCGAUGCUAAAGCUGUGCAGUCUAGUGGAGCCAAGGCUGCCCCUCCACCACCGCCAGCAGGUGGUGCGCCACCCCCACCACCACCCCCAGGCCCCCCUCCCCCACCUGACACUAGCUCCAGUGGCAAAGGUGCGGAUGAUAGUGCAGGGAGAUCUGCUCUCUUUGCGGAGAUCAACAAGGGAGGGGAUGUUACCAAAGGCCUCAAGAAGGUGUCAGAUGACUUGAAGACACACAAGAACCCCACCCUGAGGCAAGGACCUGCUCCAUUUAAACCCGCAGCCGGACCCAAACCCAACACAUCCCCCAAACCUGUAGCCAAGGCUCAAGCAGCACCCAGCCGCCCACCAGUGACUGAGCUACAGGGCAAGAAAUGGGUUGUGGAAUAUCACAAGAACAACAAGAACAUUGUUUUGGACAACGUUGACAUCAAACAGACAGUUUACAUUUACAAGUGUGAGGACUGUGUCAUCAAAGUUGUCGGAAAACUUAACUCCAUUGUCGUUGAUUCCUGUAAGAAGACGGGUAUUGUGUUUGAUGAUCUGGUGUCUUCGCUAGAGUUUGUCAACUGCCAGAGUAUGCAAGCCCAGGUGACUGGUAAAGUCCCGACACUGAGCAUAGACAAGACGGACGGCUGUAUGAUAUACCUGAGUCCCAGCUCUCUGGACGUGGAGUUAUUCACUGCUAAGUCUUCUGAGAUGAAUAUCCUGGUGCCUGUUGGCAACGGAGAUUAUAAGGAAUAUGCUCUACCCGAGCAGUUCAAGAGCAAGUAUGACGGGAAGACAAUUGUGACCACUACAAGUGACAUAGUAUAA